CCUGCCUGAGGGCUGUUUUUUUAGCGCUGGCUGCGGGCGCUCGGCUGUUGACUCAGCUCGAUCGCUGCCAUGGUGCUGCCGCAAGCCGUGCUGAGAUCCGCCAGCAACGGGCCAACGCUCGUAGAGCUGAAAAAUGGGGACUCCUACACAGGGACUCUGGUGGCGGUAGACAACUUCAUGAAUAUCCGAUUGGAGGAUGCCGUUUGUAUGAGUACAGCUCACGGGGAGAACAAGUUCGAGCGAAUGAAGGAGUGCACCCUCCGAGGCAACUUCGUGAAGUUUAUCCGCUUCCCCGAGAACAUUUUGGAUCGUGUGCUGGCGACCCAGGAAGCUGCCUUGGGCAGGAAGGGCCGCGGCAAGGAGGGCAAAGGACCCAAAGUCGAUGAGGCCAACAAGAUGUUGAGCGUACCUUCAUCAUUGAUUGGUGCCAUCAUUGGUCGUGGUGGGGAGACCAUCAAGCAGUUCUGCAUUGACAGCGGUGCCAGAAUUGAGGUCUCCAAAGAGCAGUUGGAGGCCACCAACGACAGGGCGAUCUUCCUCUCUGGGUCCAGAGAGAACGUGGAGAAAGCGGAGUGGAUGAUCAUGGAGUUUGUCCGGGGCCGCGUCGCCAAUCGCGCCCGGGCCUACGGUGGCAAGGGCACAUCGCAGGGGGACACUCGACAUCGAGGCGGCAAGGGAAAGAAGGGCGCAUCGCCAGGUGGAGUCGACCGCCUCGAGCCUAUGUCGAUUCUUCUACCAUCAGCCUUCAGCGUUUGAUUGUGAAAAACGGGCGCGCGCGUGUGGGGGCUUGACUUU